AUGUCUGUGAUGAACAGGCGUGUAGGGCCACAGCAAGAUGGAAAUUCACAGCAUUGCCAAUUGCAACGAGCCUAUUCGUCUACUAUGGGAAUAUUCCUUCAAGAUCUAAAAGUCAAGAGUAACAGGUCGAUCGGCGUUAGUCCCCGUGCUCGCUCAUGGGAGCUUCCAUGCAAAUGCGAUGCGGGAGACAUGGCGGAGGGCCGCAAACCCAGCAUGAUGGGUAAACUAGCUGACUACGUACACCCUAGUAAGGCAAGUCGUUGGCUUAGGGUUGCCUCGACCCCACUACUCCAUGGUUCGCCCUACUGUAACGCGGGCAGCUGGGGUAGGUCGCUAGGUACUAAGCUACCUGGCCCGGGGUCAUUAUCGACAGGGCUGAAGAUGGCGGGGGCCCCUGUUGCAUGUACAAAUACAGCAGACGAGUGA